AUGAAUUCGGUGUAUUGCAUUUGUCAACAAAAAUUCGCCGACCUGCCGUCACUUCCGGAUUUUGUCGCGCGCGGCGGACGCGUGGUCUCUCCAUCGCCGCCGGAAGCCCACAAGAGUAGUCGUCCAUCAACACCGACGGCCCUCCCACCGCCGAUCAUUCGCGACACGUACAACUACGUCAACUAUCUCAAUCCCGUAUAUCUUGGCAAAGGUGGCUUUGCUGCUGUUUGGCGAUAUAGGAAAGAAGGAACGAGAGAUGAAUACUAUGCUGUAAAGGUGGUUGAACGAUCACGACUCAGUCGAACAUCAGCAUAUGAGAAGCUUCAUCGUGAGAUUCAAUUGCAUGGUGGUUGCUCCCAUCCGAACAUCGUAAAGCUUUGUGGAUAUUUCCAAGAUAAUUUCAACAUCUACAUUUUGCUGGAGUUAUGUCCUGACGGAACGCUCCUCAAUCGGAUCUACAAUGGAAGAGGUGGUUGCUUAAGUUCUUACGAGUCCUUCAUCUACAUACGAGGAAUUGUGGAAGCCGUUUUGUAUCUUUUCACGAAAGGAAUUCUACAUCGAGACCUUAAGCCGGGAAAUAUUUUCCUGGAUGGAAAUCACGUGAAACUGGGCGAUUUUGGCUUGGCGGUCUCUAAGGGUGGUCAUUCAAAUCGAAGUGCUUCUGGACUAUCUAGUAUUUCUGGAACGCCGAAUUAUCUUGCACCUGAAGUCCUUCACCGUCGAGGCCAUUCCGAAGCAUCAGAAGCAUGGGCAAUUGGAUGUAUUCUCUACUGCAUGCUCAUCGGAAGACCUCCAUUUGAAACUGAUAACCUCCAAAAAACCUACAAUCGUAUUAUGAGAGGCGAAUUUUCAUGGCCAACGAUCGAUGGAAAGAACAAUGUCGAACAAAGAGCUGUGAUGCUUGUAAAUAGACUGCUCAGAAUUGAUCCCGCAAAUAGGGAAACCGUUGCCGGAAUCAAAACAUCUCUCUACUAUCAACAAUACGUGGAAAAUGAACAAAGCGAUAUAGUAGAUCAAAAUUCGAAUGCUCUAUCAUCGUUGUCUUUGAAUUCUCAGAGAGUGCAACAAAACGGAGCUCGUCACGACUGCAAUGGACGACAAGCAAUUAGUCCACAUCAGCCGGAUCGCUGGCAUUGGUACUCCCCGGCUUAUGCUCCGCAAACACAUGAUGUGAAUGCAAUCGAAUACGCUGAUUCGGACCCUUAUGAAGAUCAACGCCCUUCAACCGCAUAUGCAAAUGAAAUGGGAUCGAUUGGGGUAAUGGCUCCGCGUCUAACUUCUUUCCACGAUUCGGGACUUGGCUCUGACCCUCAUUUGCUCAGUCCUCGGAAUAGCAUUGCUUCAAGGCUUGAACUUUACGUGCACACGUUGAAUCUGCUUCUCAAGCAAAGUUCCUACUUGGUUGAAAUUCCAUUUGUUCCUCUUCUCUAUGUUUCGAAAUGGGUUGAUUACACGAAUAAGUACGGCUUCGGGUGUAUUCUCUCGGAUGGGACUGUCUCCGUGCAUUUCAAUGAUGAUAGCUUGAUUGCUGUUAGACAACAUAAUGUGAAAUCGGCAUCUUCGGACAUUUUUGAGAAAGUUCGCAUUGCAAAUGUUUAUCGAUCAUACAUGGAGAAGGAAUUGACCGGAGCAUCCGUUAAUGAUGACCUUAUUCGAGACUCUUGGAAAAGACAAAUGAUGCCGAACGGAGAGUUGCCCUAUCUUGCCUAUGAAACGAAAAGGGAUAACUUUGUCUUCAUGUUGUUAUCAAAUGGAACAGUCCAGGUCAACUUCACCAAUCGUCACGUAAAAGUUAUAUUGACGCCGCCAACCCAAGGAAUUUGUCCGUUUGAUGGACGAAACUCGAUGCUCUUCACGUUGAUUGACGAGAGCAAACAUAUGGCUACAUAUCGAUUGGAGGAUUCGAUGAAUUUGGGAUCUACGCCAUUCCUGCAAACGAAAUUUGUCGAUAUUCUACAAGAGAUGAAGAACAUUGUGAACGAGCACUCAUUCCGCGUUCGAACACCACCGCUUGAGCCACAGGACGGUGAUAGAAAUUCUCCUACUUCGUCCAAUCAACGUUCUGGAAUUAUCUCGACUGCCUGU